AUGGGAGGGUCAUCCGGCAACCAGGAUGGGAUUCGCGUCAUUUACCUCAACAACUCAGAACGCAAUGGCCAAGCAAAGUACCUCCACAACCGCAUCUCCACGUCAAAGUACAACUAUUUCACCUUCCUGCCAAAGUUCCUCUACGAGCAGUUCUCGAAAUACGCCAACAUCUUCUUCUUGUUCACGGCUUGUAUUCAGCAAAUCGAAGGUGUCUCUCCGACAUCACGGUUCACCACGGCAGUGCCACUGGCCCUCGUGCUAUUUGCCACAGCUGUCAAGGAGGUCAUGGAGGACUUUAAACGGCAUGCCUCUGACAGCGAGACCAACGUAAGACUGACCAAGGUCCUGCACGGGAGUACCUUCGUGCCACGCCCUUGGCACGCUGUCAAGGUUGGCGAUAUUGUGCGUGUGGAGGGAGGUGAGUCCCUUCCCGCAGAUCUGGUUUUGUUGAGCUCGUCUGAGCCCGAAGGGAUGUGUUACGUCGAAACCAGCAACUUGGAUGGAGAGACCAACUUGAAGAUCAAACAAGCACUACCGGAAACAGUGCACAUGCUUACGCCGCACGAUGUAUCUCAACUCGGGGGCUGUAUCCGAUCGGAGCAGCCCAACAACAGCCUGUACACGUUCGAAGGAACUUUGCUUAUGAAUACCACUCACGGAAAUCCAAAAGAGAUGCCGCUAGACCCUACCCAAGUGCUUCUCCGAGGAGCUCAACUUCGCAACACCAAUUGGAUCUAUGGCGUGGUUAUCUUUACAGGACACGAAUCAAAACUCAUGAGGAAUGCGUCGGCAACCCCGAUCAAGCGCACUUCAGUGGAAAAGAUGACCAACGUCCAGAUCAUCUUUUUGUUUGGUAUUCUCUUGGCCAUGUCUGUCGCCAGUGCUAUUGGCAAUAUGGUUCUCACUAACAGAAACAUCGCCCAGCUUUCAUAUAUCGAGGCAAUGCCAUCAUCCUGGUCGGAUUUCGGACUCAACAUCCUCACCUUCCUGAUUCUGUACAACAACUUGAUCCCUAUCAGUUUGAUGGUCACCAUGGAGGUCGUCAAGUUCUGGCAGGCGCAACUGAUCAACUCGGAUCUGGAUAUGUAUUAUGAAAAGACCGACACUCCAGCACUUGCGCGCACGUCGUCUCUGGUCGAGGAGCUUGGACAGAUCGAGUACAUCUUUUCGGACAAGACGGGAACGCUCACUUGUAACGAGAUGGAGUUCCGUCAAUGUUCAAUCGCGGGAUUAGCGUAUUCUGACGUAGUCGAAGAUGGAAAGCAGGCGCACAUCGAGGACGGAGUGGAGGUUGGCGUUCACGACUUUAAGCAGUUGGACGCCAAUCUUCGCAAUCACCCUAGCAGCAAUGUCAUCAACGAAUUUUUGACACUACUUGCUGUGUGCCAUACUGUUAUUCCUGAGCGCCAAGAGAACAACCCAUCAGAGAUCGUAUACCAGGCAUCUUCACCAGAUGAGGGAGCGCUUGUUUCUGGAGCUGCGACACUCGGAUAUCAGUUCACGACUCGCCGACCACGCUCUGUCAACAUCCAGGUUGGAGGCAACGAUCUGCAAUAUGAGAUUUUGAAUGUGUGCGAAUUCAACUCGACCCGCAAACGCAUGUCGACUAUCGUCCGUGGGCCCGACAGAAAGAUCAGGCUAUACUGCAAAGGCGCCGAUACCGUCAUUCUGGAGCGCUUGGGUUCUGAAAACGAGUUCGUUGACGCCACCUUGCAGCAUUUAGAGGACUACGCGACAGAGGGUCUCCGUACAUUGUGUGUCGCCAUGAGAGAGAUUCCUGAGCAUGAGUACCAGCACUGGUCCCAGAUUUACGACCGCGCAGCAACGACCAUUCAAAACCGAUCUGAUGAGCUUGACAAGGCAGCCGAGCUGAUCGAGAAGAACUUGUUCUUGCUAGGGGCCACUGCUAUCGAGGACAAAUUGCAGGAUGGAGUACCAGAGACGAUCCACACAUUGCAGCAGGCUGGAAUCAAGGUCUGGGUCUUGACCGGUGACAGACAGGAAACUGCCAUUAACAUUGGAUACAGUUGCAAGCUGAUUCAGGAGGAUAUGUCGCUGAUCAUUUGCAACGAGCAGACGCACUGGGAAACCAAGGAGUUUUUGGAGACCAAGGUCAAGACCAUCAAAUCAACGUUCCAGCGUGGCGACGACAUUGAGCCGUUGGCACUCAUUAUCGAUGGCAAGUCGCUCGGAUUUGCGUUGGAAAAAGACACUGAGAAGGUUUUCCUGGAAUUGGCUGUGCUCUGCAAGGCAGUUGUUUGCUGUCGCGUAUCCCCUCUUCAGAAGGCGUUGGUCGUCAAGUUGGUCAAGCGUAACUUAAACUCGAUUCUGCUGGCUAUCGGAGAUGGUGCGAAUGAUGUGUCGAUGAUUCAGGCCGCUCAUGUGGGUGUCGGUAUCUCAGGGUUGGAGGGCCUUCAGGCUGCUCGAAGUGCUGAUUUUGCCAUCUCACAAUUCCGAUACCUGAAGAAGCUGCUUCUCGUCCACGGCGCAUGGAGCUACCAGCGUCUGAGUAAGCUGAUCCUGUUCAGUUUCUACAAGAACAUUUGUCUCUACGUGACGCAGUUUUGGUACGCGUUCUACAACGGUUUCUCGGGGCAGACGGUCUACGAGUCUUGGACAGUUUCACUCUACAACGUCGCCUUAACGGUACUACCUCCGUUGACAAUCGGUAUCUUUGACCAGUAUGUCAGUGCAAGGAUGCUGGACCGCUAUCCACAGAUGUAUAUGCUUGGUCAGAAGAGCGAAUUCUUCAACGUGAAGACGUUCUGGGGCUGGGCAUUCAAUGCGAUUUACCAUUCCAUCAUCCUUUUCUUCGCCGUCGCAUUCAUCUUCCAGAAUGACCUGAUCAUGGUCAACGGCACCAUUGGAGGCGAAUGGAUUAUGAGUGUUACCCUCUAUACAGCAGUCUUGGCAACCGUGCUCUGGAAGGCCGCCCUGGUUACGGACUUGUGGACAAAAUACGCAUACAUCUCAAUCCCCGGAUCGAUGAUCUUCUGGAUGGGCUUCUUCCCAUUGUUUGCGAUCAUUGGCGCCCAAGUCGGUCUUACGCCAGAGUACUUUGGUAUUGUUGGUCCAUUGUACAGCCAGCCUGUCUUCUGGUUGACGAUCAUUCUGUUGCCUCUGUUCUGCAACCUCCGCGACUACACUUUUAAAUACAUGAAGCGUACAUUCUUCCCAAGGACGUAUCACUACGUACAGGAGAUCCAAAAGCUCAAUAUCCCAGACUACCGGCCACGCAUGGAGCGGUUCCGCAAGGCGGUGCACAAGGUCCGCAAUAUUCAGCGUCUGCGUCGCAACCGCGGUUUUGCGUUCUCUCAGAAUGAAUCUGGCACAGCAAGGUUAAUUCGCGCAUACGAUACUACAGCACAAAAGCCUAUGGGUUAA